UUUGCUAACCGUUGAGCAAGCAGAAAAAUUCUAAUUGAAUUUUAAUUCAACUGUCCCCUCUUGUCCAGUUUAGAGUUUAUCACGCAGUAUCCUGGGUACGAGACUCCAGACAUCGAAGAUGGUGGACCGAUAAAAACCAAACACAGCGACGUCGCGUAGUGUACAUGUCAAGAAGAGCAUGGAUUUGAUCUCAGUAGGCGCCUGUUGUGGACUUAUAAGACACUAGUAUAUCUGGGUUUCUUUAAUUAACUUCGGGAACCGUCACAAGGAUUUUCGCCGUUUCAACAGAAGUUUGAACAAGACUCUUCAUAGAGCUGGUGAUACACAAAUGUCUUGGAGAACAGACUGUUGGUGUGGAACCCUGGUGUGGAAGGUGUGAGCUAGCGAUAGUUCUGACAAAUUAUGGCGGAUGAGGUAUCUACGGAUGAGGCGGUACAUGAACGUUACAUAGCUCCAGAUGAGGUUGAUACGGAUGAGGAGGCUACGGAUGAGGCGAAUGAAGCUCUUUUGAAUGCUGCUAGGGACGGCUCGGUUGACGGCAUUAAAGCGGCAUUGAAAGCUGGUGCAGACAUUAACUUCAAACCCGGCUUCAAGCGAGAAGAAGACGGCUGGGUACACCAUAUCGCACACAUUGGUCCAGCACUGUACACCGCUGCCAUCCGCGGGCAUGUAGCUGUAGUGAGCCUGCUGCUCCGCGAGGGGGCGUCCGUGGUGCAAAGAACAAGUUCAAUGGCGCCUCUUCAUAUCGCAGCGAUGAAAGGGUUCACAGAGAUAGUGGACUUGCUGGUGCAGCAUGGUGCAACAGUAGACGUACGGGACGGCUGGCUGUAUACACCGCUCAUGUAUGCUUGCGACGCCAAAAGUGCGGACACAGUUCGGCGACUGAUUGAGCUUGGAGCAAGAACGGACUAUCUCGAGGAUUAUUUAGCAAAGGGGACGGGAAAAGUAACCGAUGGCCACAAAGAGUGUCUGAAGCUGAUAGAGGAGGCGAAGAAGACAAAGCUGUUAAGAUGCUGCAACCCCAAGUGUGGCAAACCUGGCGACGGGUCAACCCUUGAACUGUGUGGCAAGUGCAAGCUGACCCGCUACUGCAGCCGUGACUGUCAGGAGCAGCACUGGUCUGUCGGACACAAGAAGUGCUGUGGGCAUGACGUGUACAAUGACGAAGAAGAAACUGACCCCCUUCAACAACUAGUUUCGUUAAUGACAAAUCACAUCCGACACUUCGGAUCCGAAUCACUGGAAGCACUCAGUGCAGUUUUACCGUCGGCGCCACAGUAAAUGGCUGAUAAUUCCACAUGAAGCAUUUGUGAUAACAAGAUACCAUUACAGCCACAUCGUGUAGUGAAAACUUAGUGACAUGUUUCUCACCAUUGUUACUAGAUCUAGUACUGGCGUCUCUAUUUAGAAAGUAUCAUGCUAUGUUUUCUUAUUGUUGUUUUUCACACGUGUAUUCCGUCCAGAGGGACAAGCGCUUUUAUACUUUCGAUUUGCUAAUUUGGUAGGAAAAAAGUAAGGACGUUAACUUGUAACAUGGAAAGUGGGAUUUUUUUAACCAAGUCACUUUUGUAGUAACAAAUUAACACGGAAAGUAGGGUUUUCUUUACAAAGCCACAUUUUAGUAAUCGCUUCUAGCCUGGGUGCCAGACUGUUGCAAGGACCUACAUAUAUACGCCGGCCUACUCCUCGGCUUCAGAGCCUACAGGCUUCAAGGAAACCGAGGGUCUAACUCAAAGGAGGGGAGGGAGUGAUAAAAAAAAACAUUGGGGACAUGUUGGCCAUAGAGGCAAGGAGUUUGCCUGUGUAGACCCUGGAAACAGUCUGGCAUCCAGGCUACCUCUUUUCCUUUUUUAUUUGUUAACGUUGUUCAAUCCUUGUAUAGUGUUUCACCUAAUAAAAGUAACAAAGAAGG